AUGCCAUCGAGACCCAACGCUCGCCGGGCGGCGAUGUACAACACUCCCGCCAUUCGCACCGGUGGCUUCGGGGCCCUGCAAGUCGAGGCGAUAACGAAUCGGCCUGCUUCCAUCGCACGACGACAUCUCGCGGCGAGCUCUCUGCGAAUGCGCAACAUCGAACCCGAAGAGCUGAGUUCGAGCGAAUGGGUGCGAUUCCUGGUUAUGGAGGAGAGGGAAAGAGAUCGCUUCAUCGACCAGUUCAUUACUCAAAGGCGUAGGGACAGCAGUGGCUCUUCCAGUGGAGAGGAUGGAGACUUUUCGCCUGAUAGGCAGGUUCAAUAUGACAAGGCGGAAGAGGCGAGACUGGAAGCCCUGGAGGCCAGGUAUGUACAACAAAGAUGGACGGCGUCAUAGAGAGUGGAUGCUGACUCGCAGCAGAGAUGAAGUGGGACCAUCACCAGGCCCCGUAUCGCCCACUCCGCGACCUGCACAUGUCCGCAGUCAAUCCAGCGGCUCUACGCCCUUUGUCAGUCUAUGGGCUCGCCACUUGGACGAGAUGGAGCGAAACGAACGGACUGACGCCGGACCGAGCACGUACAGUGCAAUGCGUCCGAGACACACCCGCCGAGAAGUCGACGACUUCGACGCGCCUCCAGCUUACAGCACCAUUGUCCGACCGUCCACGCCGCCUCCCGCCUACGAGCCUCGUUCAGACGACGAAGGCGAGGGCUCAUCGGGCCCAUCGCGGAUACGAAGGUGGAGCAGUAGCGUUUUACUGAACCGUUUUUAG